AUGCCUCCUCUUCUUACCUUAUCAGAGAUACCUACAUUGACACGGCUCUACCGCUCCAGAGCCCUAUUGCCAGGUCAAUACGCAGCCACUGGUGCCCCUUCCAAACAGCUCAAUGAUAUCCUAUCCCAUAUUCGCUAUGACAUCACCAAAUUGCAGGUAGGCUGCAUUGUGAAUGCCGCAAACACCAGCCUCCUGGGAGGCGGAGGGGUAGACGGUGCCAUUCAUAGUGCAGCAGGCAGACAGCUGCUGGAAGAAUGCCGUACUCUUGGGGGUUGUUCUACAGGUGAUGCGAAGAUCACUGAUGGGUAUGACCUGCCAGCAGCCAAGGUUAUCCACACUGUUGGCCCCAUCUACGAUGGGUAUCAACCAGACGAAUCAGAGAAGCACCUGCGCAGUUGCUAUCGCCGAAGCUUAGAAUUAGCUAUGGAACAUGGCCAACGUUCAAUAGCAUUUUCAGCCAUUAGCACUGGUGUUUACGGGUACCCAAACAAUGCAGCAGCUAAAGCAGCAAUUGAUGAAGUCGCCAAGUUCUUGAGAGAGGACGAGAAUGUGUCGAAGUUUGAGAGGGUCAUCUUUUGUAGCUUCAUGCCUGCUGACGUACGAGCUUAUGAACGCUUUCUCCCAUUUUACUUCCCGCCUACACCCGGUGAUGUUGAGGGCGCCAAUGCAUCACCAGAGACACAGACCAAUGAUGAUACCGCGUUUGUUGAUCUAAGCGAAGAGGGCUUCGGCUCGGAGAAAGAAGAGGACGAGCAUGAUUGGGAGGAGUUAUCCAGAGACGACAAUAGUCAGGAAUUACACGAAGAACCAGUUGAACUAAGUUCCCAAGUUGCCUCGGUCACAGACGUCCGCAGUAUUCAGUCGAGCUCGGCCGACUUUGAUGAGUUGUCACGAUCCGAAACUGAGAAUGGGUUAUGA